AUGGCACUCUCGUUCUCACUCUCUUCAGGCGUAACUGUUUCUAACCGUUUUCCCUUUUCUUGUAUUUGGAAACCGAAUGGUAAGAGUUACAGUGGGCCCAAUAAGGUGUCAUGUUCAGCACGUAAGGAAAAGAGUCCGUUAGUUGGAUUUGGUGUAGGGAUUGUAGCGGCUUUCGUUAUGGGUUUAACGGCGUUGGAUGCGGAUGCAACGAGAAUUGAAUACUAUGCUACUGUAGCAGAGCCAAUGUGUGAGCUCAAUUACGCUAAGUCUGGGCUUGGUUACUGCGACGUUAUUGAGGGUUUUGGUGAUGAAGCUCCUCUCGGAGAGCUUAUCAAUAUUCAUUAUACUGCGAGGUUCGCUGAUGGAAUCGUAUUUGAUAGCAGUUAUAAACGUGGUAGACCUCUCACUAUGCGUAUUGGGGUUGGCAAGGUAAUCAGGGGAUUGGAUCAGGGGAUUUUGGGAGGCGAAGGAGUACCUCCAAUGCGGAUAGGUGGGAAACGCAAUCUAAGGAUUCCUCCAUUGUUAGCAUAUGGCCCUGAACCUGCAGGGUGUUUCUCAGGUGACUGCAAUAUACCCGGCAAUGCCACUCUUCUGUAUGAUAUUAAAUUUGUUGGUAUUUAUUCGGGCAAUAGGUGA